AUGCACGCAAAGUACGGCGAGGCACUGGCACUGGUAAAGUCAGGUUCCCUGACACAGAAGGUGGUCGUCCUGGGAGGCGAAGGCUUUGGCGGAGCAGGAUGCGAAUACGGAAAGGAGUGA